UCCGCGAGUCUGUAGUCGAGUUGAACUUUCAUUGUGCAGGGGCGCCGGAAUUCAUCUUAACAUUUCUUCAAAUUCGUAACUAGCGAGCGCAAGCCGAUUUGAUGUGAAAAUAUGUCUCUAAAUGAAGUCAGCGUGUUCCGACCAUUCAAAUUGAUAGCCGUACUUUGUGUGUUUCUUGCCUUGUGUUUGGACGUAGUGGCUUUGCUGAGCCCAGCUUGGGUUACAGCGGAGCGCUACGCUUUGUCGCUAUGGGAAUCUUGCAGGCAAGUCGAAGGCAGUGUCUGGCAGUGCGUCUCGACUCUCGGCUCUGACUGGCAGAUUGCCACCCUGGCGCUGCUGCUGUCCGGCGCAGCCGUGACGCUGGUGGCCUUCCUCAUCGCCCUCAUCUCACACUGCAAGGGGACGCAGAGGAAGCACUACCGCACGGUGGCCAUCUUCCUCUUCACCGCAGUGGUCAUCCAGGCUUGUGCGCUGGUCCUCUACCCAAUCAAGUUUAUCGACAGCACGGUGCUGCAGACCUACCAUGAGUUCAACUGGGGCUACGGCCUGGGCUGGGGGGCCACCAUCUUCAUGCUGGGGGGAGGCGUACUGCUCUGCCUCCGAACAGACAUGUAUGAGGACAGCAUGUACUGAAAGCACGCUCACACGCUCACACACAUGCGCAAGCACGCGCACGCAUUCACACAAUUAUACACACACACACACACACACACAUGCAUACACGCACACAUGCCCACAAGUGU